GGCACUAAUCACCCCCCAUACCAGGCUGCUUUGUUGUGAUUAGCCUACAGCAGCGGCACCGUACUGCACGUACAACCAGAAGGUUAAGAGGAGGUUAUUCCGACUCUUGACUGCAGCAAGAUUCAUAUAAACCGAGGGAAAAAAACGUCGACCUGCUGGACCAGCGAAACAGCUUAAAGGGAAAAAAAGGAACGUGGCGUUUUGCACACCGGACGUUUUGCACGGGUCUUUUGUUUUCUCCAUCUCUGCUGCAUCAAGGACAGAGAUACCGGGGCGAUACGAGGAUCCAUGAGAAACGCUUUGAAUAGGGUACCGCUUCAGUAUCACGGUUGUGUGGGGGUUCAGCCAUGGAUGCUGGGAGGCUGGAGAUGCAGGUGGCCAGUGUGGAGAGAGGCAUCGCCUUCCUGAAGCAGGAGCACCUGGCCAUGCUGACCGGUCUGCAGCUGGAGAUCACACACCUGAAGAGGCGCUGUCAUGAGCUAAGCUGUGAGCUGGGCUCCAGGUUUCCUCUCAGAAACACAGAAGAGGAGGAAGCAGAGCUCGCAGCACGUUGUGAGGCUGCAGAGCGUCUCCUAGAGGACCAGCAGUGCAUGAUGGUUGCUGCGCGUGGGGAGCUGCGGGCCGGACGGGCACGAGCAUCGGCACUUGGAAGGAACCUCAGGGAAGAAGAGCGAUGUUUCCUGGAGGAACUGAAACGCCGGAGCCACAAGAUCACACUCCUGAGUCGUGAGCUGCAACACCAAAACGUCAUUACGACGAGCCUCUGCCACGAGCUCCAAACCGCACGCUUAAAACUGUUCCAGCAACGCUACAGCAGAGAGCCUGCUGCAGAGGGAGAGGAGGAACCCAGAGAAAAGGAUUUAGAAGAAGAAGAAGAGGAGGAGGACGAAGACGAGGAAGAUGAAGAUGAUGAAGGGGAGGGCUCAGACUGGCUUCUGUCUCCACCUCCUCCAGCCUCUCCCAGCCAACCAGAAGCGAACAAGAGGCGUGUCAGGGAAGAGAGGGUCAGAGCUUGCAUCCCACAGGAGAGAGUGACGUCACCGCAGAGGCCACACCCCAUGCCUGACCCCGCUCUCUUCUUGGUGCCACUUAGAUACCGCCUCCUUCGCUUGAACCAACCAAUUAGAAUGCAGGAUGGAGAGGGGCUGGAGGACGAGUGGGAGGAUAUAGAGGACAGCAGGGUGCACAGGAGGGUGGACAUGGGAGCAGGAGAGGGAGAAACUGCUCUGUGAUAAAGACUUGAAGUAGUCUUCCAGCAGGUCUUGGCCAAGCUCAACCAACAUCUGAUGCAGUUUAUCAAGAAAGAGCUGAAGAUGAGAGAGAUGUGACUUUGUGAUUGUCUGUAGAUUUCAGGAAGUGAGUUAAAUAUUUAGAGUUAGUUGCACAAGGGUUUGUGAUUGAACCUACACAUAGACAUAUUAACUGAAUUGGUCACAUUGACGGUACAACAUGUACUUUGAAAAUGUGAAGAAAUGAGUGGGUGAAAAAAGACUGAAUAGUGGGACUGUUCCAUAUGGAUGCCUUUUGAUUUUACCACUGUUGAUCACGGCUUUUGCCUGUAAUUAGUAGCCUUGCCUCUGGGUCUGUGAACUCACACCAUACAAAGUGGCAACCUGCUUUUUCACUGCACUAACCGUAUUCCAGGUUUGGAAAGACACUGUAGAGAGGGCUUAGGGACAUUUUUUAUCAUUUGCACUUUAUUAAAUUCAUGCAAUGUGCCUGAUAAUGGCACAGACGUAUUUCUGGUGUCAUGUUUUCUGUUGUCAGUGUUUGAAAAAGAUUUUAAUAGGUCUUUGUUGCAGCAGAUAUUUUGACUGAAAAACACUAAUAACAUUAACGAUGGCUCCGUUGCAGUAAGCCAUGCAACAGUACACCAGCGUGUACAAUACCAGGACCCUGAAACUGAAACAACUACAUGGAAUUUAGCCAUCAUUCAUUUUGUUAUUUACACCUGUGCUUUUCCUUGUGUGACAUGUGAAAAUGUCUGCUGUGAAAAAGCGCCUACUGCUUUUUGAAACUGGCUAUUACAAAGAUGUUAUGACAAGUUGCUCUCAACAGUGAAACAAGAUGUCAAUUUUGGCUUUAGAAAAUUGUGACCACCAUUUUUGACUAGUGUCUGAUGUUUUAUAGACCAAACAAAUAAUCAAGCUAAUAAUCGGCCCUAAAUUGUACGUAAGAAAAACAUUCACCAGUAUCAGGAUAACCCUGUCACAAUGGUUCACAGCCUGCUUUUAGAUCUGCAACAUAUUUACCAACUCUGGGAUAUAACAGUGUGCUGCUCACAAGAUUUUAUCCUACACUGGGUGGCAGUACAACCAAACCUUGACUGGAAUUAAAAUAUGGUCAGAUCUGCCAACUUAAGUCUCAUUCUUACAUUUUGCUCUAACACUGUAGUGCUAAUA